UCGAAACCUGAUACACAUUGAGACGAGCGAUUUUGCUGAUACCUGCAGAGAAAUACCACUUUUAAAGGCGAAUCUUGAUUCGGAAAGGAAAGAUAUUGCGACACCUGCUGGAUUUACCGAGAACUUCAUCCAGAUGAAAUGGGAAAAAAUCUGUCAUGUUGCAUGACCUCUUCGGGCGACGGUCCACAGGAGAAGUGUCGAGAAUCUUCCAAGUAUGACGGCAUGGUCCAGCUCCUAUUACAGCAUGAGGCCAAGAUUGCUGAGCUGGAUUUGAUGACCAAGAAGCUGCAGGAAGAGCUGAGCAGUUCUAGGAGCUCCCAGCGUGUCACAGAGGAGAAAAACCAACACCUGAGAUCCAUGAUCUCCACACUGCAAACCCAAAACCAACACCUGAGAUCCACAAAUGACGACAAAGAUGAGAUCAUCAAACGUCUCACCAGGCAGCUGGCACAACAACACCAAGCAACUGAGUCCAGAACUAGAAGAGCACAGGGUGAAAUCAGAACUCUUCAUCACACGAUCUCUGAGCUGGAGAACAGGGAAAUGUCCUACAGGACCACAAUUUCCUCACUGGAAAAGAGCGCUCACAGGAGACUUCUCAAGACCUCGAGCUUGCAGAGAGAGCUGAGUGAGAAACGAGGAGAGAUCUUCUCCCUCCAUCACAGACUGAUAGAGUACAUGGACAAGGUGGCUGAACUCAGAGGAACACCCUUCAUCCCCCUGCCUUCUUACCCCCCUGGCCACAAGCCGCCCCACAAGCGAGUGAGAGACAGCUGGAGGAAGAUGUGGGCCGGAACUCGCCUUUAUGUGAUUCCUGAGGAGAAGCGGACCACCUCCACCCUGUAGGCAACUGAUCCCCGCAGCUGCCUUCUCCAUGUCCUCCCAACAACAUCGCUGCCCCCAAAUUAUGGCUGUGUCUGUCUACAGACCACCGCGAGGCCCCUGCCUUGACCCUUAUAUCAUCAUCAUCACCAUCAUGA